AUGUCGUUCGUUUCCAAGUCUGCCGCCUCAUUAGGCGCCCUCGUUGCUCUGGCCUCGCUAUGCGUCUACCAUGCCGCGGCGACGCCCUCGGUAGCAAUCGCCUAUUGCGCCAGCAUUAAUACCGGUACCACGGCUGCCAACAGCUCCAUAUACAUGUCCGAAGGCCUAUGCUACGACCAGUGCAAUGACGAAGGUUACGCACUGGCUGUUCUGCAGGACGAAGAUUGUUGGUGUGCCGAUUACGUUCCCGACUCGGACGACCAGGUUGAUACAAGCAAAUGCGAUACUGCCUGUCCGGGCUAUCCUUCUGACUAUUGUGGAGGCGAUGACCUGUACGGUUAUCUUGCUCUAGACGCAGCAGUCUCGGGCACUUCUGGAGGCACUUCGUCAACGGCGACCUCCACGUCCACCACCCAUACUUCUUCAACUGCCAAAACUACUACCACCAGUGACACGCCAACCGUUGUGACGAGCGUCCAGACGGUCACAAGCGACGGCACUGUCAUUUACCAGACCGUGACGUCCAUAGCGAAAGCCAGCUCAGGCUCCGGCGGCCUUUCCAAAGGGGCGAUUGCGGGUCUUGUCAUUGGUAUUUUGGCUAUCCUCGCGGCCUUUGUCGCCGGCGCUAUUCUAUAUCGUCGCCACAAGAAAGCUCGGGAACAGGCAGAACAGGCACCGCUUGCCGCUGCGAUGGCCGCUGCGCACAGGCGCGGGAGCUCGGCCGGCAUCAUGUCCAAGACGGGCACGAUCUCUAGUCACGGUUAUGGGCUGCCUAUGGAGGAGGAUACAAGCUACGGAUCCCCGAGCAGGAGGAUGAGCAUGAAGCCCAUGGACCCCCGGCUGGACCCCAAACAGACGUUUGGUCUGUACCGUGCUGCAAGCCAUGACAGCAUCAAUACGCUCCGCGACGACCAGGAUUACUCGCGAAGAGUACACGAGCCAACUCGAGCCCUCCGCGUUUUCAACCCCGACCCCGUCGAUGACAACUAA